AUGGCCGAGCCAACAUACACCAUUUUCGUCCGGGUCCCCAUGGCCCGUGGUGACUUCGUCGAUCCGCCACCGGUAAACUGGGACUCCGUCAAAGAUGAAGCAUUAUGGAAGAUCCUCUCCGGAGCUGCGAAAAAGCAGAUAGACUGGGACGAAGUCGCCGAUCGCUUCGAAGUUCCCGUCGAUUUCCUCCUCCAACAAGUAGCGUACCUUACCGAACGACAUGCUUCGCAGGUCCGCGCUCAAGUUCGAAAAGCUACCGCCGCUGUCCGUGGCUCAGUGCAGUCACCCGUUCCAGGCGCCGACUCCGCCGGACCCGGUCAUCAACGAACACAUUCAGCCUUAUCCAUCCGAAAAGACUCACCCAUGCCGCGCGCUGAGGCAGGAAGUGGUACUGGUACUCCUCUCAACGCAUCAAUACGACCGGUUGUAUCGCGGAAUCAGUCGACGAAUACUACAGUCCUGAGAGACAUGACCGGAGGCUCAGCUUCUCCUCGACCUGGAACAGGGUUUGUUUCGCGGACCGGUGAACGACGUCGUCUUUCAUCCUUACCAAUAUCAUCAGUCCCCCCCCACAGAUCACCCGAUAGAGAAGCCCAACCGGAGCCAGCGCCAGAUGAACGAAGCCCGUCGCCAGGCCCAGCUGAGGACAGUUCACCAACAUCGUCAGAGGACGAGUCUAGCCCCGCUCAAUCUCGCAUCAUUCGUCGGCCUCCUCGGUUUCAGCAACCUGAUGGAGGACAAUACGAGGAUGACGACGAUGACGAAUCAGAGCCUGCGUUUCAACCUUAUACAUCUCCUUCCAACAAGACUUCGGCACAGGACCUCGGCUCAACGCUAAGGGGAGAUGGGCGCAGCUCUGGCAAAAGGCAUCACAGGCCUCACGGAAAGUCCGCCAUUCAUCAAUCUCACACAUCAGACUCGUCAGCCAGCUCUGCGGCCAUGGUACAGAAACCGGAUAAGUCAGAUAAAACGACGGAGCAGCGGACGCCCGGACCUCUCUCACCACGCCGAACUGCAGAGCUGGCGGGACGUAGCCCGGGCAAUCAAAACAAGGGUUACUCACGCGAAGGUAGCGACGGAACGCCUAGUAUGGGUAGUAGUUAUAGUGAUCUUGACGACGCCUCAGUUACACAGUCUGCAUUAGAGGAGGCAUUGGCCAGUCAUAUGAACAGAGGCGCAGGAAGCCGCUUCAGCAUCAGCCAGGCUUUUCGCAGCCGUUACAAUCCUGGUCCCAACCAAAGUUGGUCGGGUCUCCCCAAGGAUGUCUCCUUUCCGAGAGAUCUCGCCGGCCUUGGUUAUUUCGUGAAUGAUGACGACGAGGUCCGAUCUAUCGAGGAUCCGGAGUGUUACUACAAGUUCUUCAGCAGCAAGAACGCUCGCGUCAAUGAGCGCCAGCGUUUCCACUUCAACAUGGCUCUGGAAGAUAUAGUCCAUGAUCGCCUCGAGAAAGAAGGCCUCAAGAAAUACCACCUUUUGCCCGAGCACAAACGGCAAUCCCCCGUCUUCCUCACUCCCAACAUUGCCGAAACUACCCGCAUCGUCGUUGUCCUAGGUGAACCAACUAAAGAUUUAGGAUGGAUUGCUGGCCGCGUUGCAAAUGGGCCUGGUGGCCUUGCGAAAGGAACCAUGAUCUCUGUUGUUCAGGCACUUGCUACCCAGGCUGCCAGCCCCGAUGAUCCGGAACCUCCCUGCAUUAUCCUGGCCAACAUGGGCCAGCGAUUCUGGUGGCCUGAAGAACAGCGUGCUCUCACCAUAGAAGCAUCCGCUGAUGUUGAACUUCCCAGUUUGGUGCACUCUGGACGCCGUUUCAUCAAGGAACUCAAUGAGAUCCCUGGAAGCGAGACGCCUUUGGCACACAUGACGACUGUGCUCAACAAGGUUCUUGAAGUCAACAAGAAUGCCAAGGUCGACAUAAUUGCUAUUGGGCAAAGCUGUGAGGUUGCCUUGCAGUUCUUCGAGAACGAGAAGCACUGGGCGCAAUGGGGUGAGCGACUAGGAGGCAUGCUCUUCAUGGGUACUGUUUUCCCAACAGAUUUGCUCGUCAAUGCUGAAUUCAAAGAGUUCCUAGCAAAGCGCACUCGUGGCUAUCUCAUUUCAGAGGAGCCUCUCGACACUCCCCUAGCCAUGCCCGGAGGAAACCCAUCACUCCUGAUUGAACCCCUUGGCUGCCCCUGCUUCUCUAGCGGAGAAGGCCAGUUCAUCGAAACCAUCCUCAUCAAGGCUCUCGAACCAGCCCUUGCUUACCUGCAAGAAGUGGCUCUUACUCCUAACUUUGUCAACCCUGACAUGGCUGUCGCAGAGCGUCAUCCAACCGACAUCACAGACGAGAAAUGGAGUGAAAUGCCAGAGGAGGUCAAGCCAGAGGUCACCAGCGUUGACCCCGAGAAGAUGAAGGAAGCAAUUAAGCAGAUGAGACGCUGGAAGAAGUUUACGGAGACUGGCGAGGCACCUGAUGAAGAUUCUGAUGACGAGGACUGA